AUGCCUCAACUUAACCCAGCCCCCUGAUUCACAAUCCUGUUUUUUUCCUGGCUAAUUUUUUUAAUUGUUCUGCCACGAAAGGUUCUAUCACACACUUUUCCCAACGAAACAACAUCCCGGAGCGCCCAUACUCCAAAGACAGAACCCUGAGCUUGACCAUGGUAUUAA